AUGAAUAGUAAAAAUGUCGAUUACAGUGGCUACAUAUCUAUUGGUACUCCACCUCAACGCUUCAAAACUAUUUUUGAUACUGGCUCUUCAGCAUUAUGGGUACCAAAAAAAGGUUGUCGUUCUAGAGGUCCAUUCGCUGAACAAUGUGCUUCUGGUACUGAAUUGUACGACCCUGAUGCUUCAAGCACUCAUAGUGAGACUAAAGAGCAGUUUGAAAUUACAUAUGGUACUGGUAGUGCCACGGGCUAUUUGUACGACGAUGUCUUUGCUGUAAGCUAAUUUUGUGGUGCUAGGUUUAAAUAAAAAUUCAUAAGCAAGGCUCAGGCUCAGGUUCAGGCUCAAGCUCAGGCUCAGGCUCAGACUCAGGCUCAGGCUCAGGCUCAAGCUCUAGCUCAAGCUCAAGCAUAGGUUUAAUUUCAAAUUGAUUUGAAGUUGCGACUAAAACUAAAAUAGGUCAAACGUGUGUUACAAAAAAUUACAUUUUUUUUAGUUUGGUGAUCCAGAAAGCGCGCAACUAAAGUUUUCAAAGCCAGUACGAUUUGGAGCUGGUGAUAAGAUGACAUUCGCAGACGUUUCAAUAUUUGGCUUACCUUCAGCAGGUAGCGCAGUGGCUGUGGCGCCGCUUGCUAUUUGGAAAGGCUUUGGUCCUACCCCGCUCACCGCCCAACUCAGGCGUCUUAAGGAAUGAGUAGUACUGAGUGCACGGGGACUAUGCACAUCUACAAUUGGCCUACACGAGUAUAUGAUUGAACGCCAGAAGUCUUAUGGAGCACCUCAGUCACAACUCAGUGACGCGAGGAACAGUGAACUUACCUGGGGAGAAGCCCAAUUAUCGGAAACUUCAGACUCAAGGAUAGCUCCGUUAGUCUUCAUCUGAACCUUGAGCAUCCUUGCAGAUCGGCACUGUACGUUACACUCUACGGCAUCAAAAAUCAUCUAAUUUAAUAUAUAUCUCCCGAGUUGUAAUUGUAGACGCUUGAAAAUGUAAAGUAAAUAAAAAUAAAUAAAUUAGAAGCCAGAUGUUGCUUUGCAAAGCUGCUUUGUUAUAAGCAGAACCUAUCCCAUACACGAUCAACGUAAGGUGGAGAAGGGUAAGGUAGAGUAGGAUAUAGAAGUAAGAAAAAAAGGAUGCGGGUUUAGGUACUCAAAUUAGAGGCAAUUUAAAACUUUUUUAUAUUAAAAGCCAAUGACACAAUAAUCAAGUAAUGUAUGCUGAUUUGUUUGCCUUAUUUGUUCGCAACAUCUCUAAAACUACAAUAUAAUAUAAAAAAAGUUUAAUUUUGUAGUUUAACAACUAAUUUUGAAAAAAUGCUGUCAAAUUUAGCGUUAAUUUGUCAUAGAAGGUUGUGUACACGUAUGUUUGUUUAGUUGUUGAUAACGUAACAAUUUUUGUAAUAUAUAAUGAUGGCUGUAGCCAAAAUUAAACCUCAAUGUUAAAGCCAUGUUAAAACGUUGGCCAACUUUCUUUAUUUCUAACCCUAAUGGUACUACUAGCGGGUUCAAUCACGGAAAAUACACUAAAUUUAGUAUUAUUAUUAGUUUAGUAAUAAUACAGUUGGUACCACGUGUUCUAUCAGGCUCUUUCCAAGUGUCAGUAUCAAAAAAGACAAAAAAUGAAAACCGGACUAAUAUUUUGAGUGACGUCUAUGGCGAAAAAGUGCUGAAUAGACACAAUAUUCAGUACCUUGGCUACGUUUCUCUUGGUACUCCACCACAACGCUUCAAAACUAUUUUUGAUACUGGCUCUGCAGCAUUAUGGGUACCUAAAAAAGGUUGUCGGUCUCAAGGUCUACUUGUUGAAACUUGUGAAAAUGGGACAGAACUUUAUGAUCCUGAAGCUUCAACUACUCAUAAAGAUACAAAUCAACCAUUUGAAAUUACCUAUGGUACUGGCAGUGUUAAAGGGUACUUGCACGACGACGUUUUUGCUGUAAGUUAAUUUUAUACUCUUGCCUUGCCUUGCCUUGCCUUAAUAUGUUCUUUUUGUCGCGAUGUUGCGAGUUAAGCAAUACAAAAACAUGUUUACAAAAAUAUAGAACCGAUCCAGAACAAAGAAGGUCUUUUUUAUCUUCCAAAAACAGUUUAUAGUUAGGCCGAUUUGGCCAAAAACUAAGAAGUCUCUAACCAACUAGACCGCCGAUCGGUCGUAUUUUAUAUUUUUGGACAAAUAAAUAUAUUAUAUAUACUGUAACUAGCUAAUACCCAUAUUCAUAAUAAUUUAUGACAUUUUUUGUAGUUUGGUGACCCUAACGGUCCACAACUCAAGCUCAAGAAGCCAGUAAGGUUUGGUGCUGGUGAACAAAUGACCUUUGGCGAUAUCUCUAUCCUAGGCUUGCCUUUAUCUGACAAUCAAGGCGAGACAUCAAUCUUCCACGAAGCUGUAAAGGAAGGCCUUAUGGAUAACCCUAUCUUUACAACCUACUUGUCCAAAUGUGCCCAAAGUCAAUGUGAUAAUGGUGGCGUGAUCACAUUUGGUGACCUGGAUCAAAAAAAUUGUGGAAGAGUCGCAGACUGGGUUGAAAUUGAGCCAAGUUCAGAUCAUUGGGAGGUUAAAAUUGCUGGCAUUGGCGUUAGAGACAAGUUUAUUGGUUUGAGUGGCAAUGCUGUCAGCGAUACUGGCACUUCUCAUAUUGUGGUACCCAAAAAAGUCAUGGAAGUCAUUGUUCAGGAGUUGAGGCCUAAAGAAGUGGUAAAUUUUAAAUUUUUUGAAAUUCGAAGUUUUUAAAAAAAUUCAAAAAAUUUUAAAAAGUUCAAAAAAUAAAAAAAUUGCAAAAAAAAUAAAAAAUUUCAAAAAAAUUUUUAAUUUUCAAAAAACUUUUAAAAAAUUUCAGCAAGGCGCAUACGCUCUGCCAUGCAACUCAAAACUGUCAUUCUCCAUCAUUAUCAACAACAAAGAAUACCCAAUCAUCAGUGACAAUCUGCUUAUACCUCACGAUGACGGUAUGUGUGAACUGGCCAUAGUUGGGGCUGAUUUCCCAGUUAUCCUACUGGGUGACCCAUUUAUUCGAUCUUACUGCCAAAUUCAUGAUAUUAAGAACCGGAAACUGGGAUUUGCACCAGCUAAUGGCAGCCCUCAACCUUUUGAUUGUGGUUGUAAUGAGGGUUAUGGUGGUCGGAAUGGAGGGUAUGGUGGAUAUGAUGGAAGUAAUGGAAGAGGUCAUGGUGGAAAUUAUGGUGGUCAUGGUAAUAAUAGAGGCUAUGGUGGAUAUGAUGGCAAUUAUAGAGAAGGCCAUGGUAGCUUUAACGGAGGCUACGGUAGAAACAGGGGGAGUUAUGGAGGCAGUAAUAACGGUCACAAUGCAUAUCAAGGUGGAUAUCAUAAUGGAUAUCAUGGUGAAUAUCAAGGCGGGAACCAUUCUAAUCAUAGAUAUAAUGGAGGUUAUGGUGGUGAUUAUGACGGUAGUUAUGAUGGUUAUAAUGGCAACGGUAGGAGAAAACAUAACGGCGGUUACGGUGGAACAAACGACUAUUAUGGUGAUUAUGACGGUGAAAACUAUGCUGGUUAUGGUGGACGUAAUGGUGUCUAUGGCGGUCUUUAUGGUGGUGGCAACUACGCAGGUUAUGGUGGAAGCAAAGACAACUUCUAUAGCGAUAAUAAUGGGCCUUAUUCAUCGAAAGGAACUCCAUAUGAAGACAUUAUUCAAAACGCUUUCACUGGUUAA